AGUGUAGAAACCAGUGAGGAAGUAGGCCUGCUGAUAUGGCUGACAACGAAGAAGUUUCUGGGCAACAAAAAUCUACAAAUGAUCCCGAUUCAAAGGAGAUACAAGAGAGUAAAGCGGAGAAACAAAAUGGAAGUUCCAGCAAAUCUCCAUCAUCCCAAACAACUUACAUUCAACAGGGAAUGGAAGGAAUAAAAGUUUACUUACACGAACGUGAGUUGUGGAUGAAAUUCCAUGAAGUAGGAACGGAAAUGAUCAUCACCAAAGCAGGGAGGCGAAUGUUCCCGAGCUUCAAAGUGAAGGUCACUGGACUGAACCCCAAAACGAAAUAUAUUCUUCUGAUGGAUGUCGUGCCAGCGGACGACCACCGCUAUAAAUUCGCCGAUAAUAAAUGGUCAGUGACAGGAAAGGCAGAACCCGCAAUGCCCGGCAGGCUCUACGUGCAUCCCGAUUCUCCAGCCACAGGCGCGCACUGGAUGCGACAGCUCGUCUCCUUCCAGAAACUCAAACUCACCAACAACCACCUAGAUCCUUUUGGACAUAUCAUUUUGAACUCCAUGCAUAAAUAUCAACCGAGGAUCCACAUCGUUAAGGCGGAUGAAAAUAACGGGUUUGGCUCCAAAAACACCGCCUUUUGCACUCAUGUGUUCCCCGAAACAUCGUUCAUUGCGGUCACGUCUUACCAGAACCACAAGAUUACUCAGCUAAAGAUUGAGAACAAUCCUUUUGCGAAGGGCUUUCGAGGCAGUGAUGAUAUGGAGCUGCACCGCAUGUCGAGAAUGCAGAGCACUAAGGAGUAUCCAGUGGUUCCUCGAAGUACCGUACGUCAAAGAGUGGGAGCCAGUCAAAGUCCCUUUAGCGGCGACAUUCAGGGGAUGCCUACACCCAGCAGCAUGAGCUCCCAGUACUCCUGUGAGAAUGGAGUAACCAACACCUCCCAGGAUCUCCUGCCUCAAUCAAGCUCCUACCCAUUACCCCAUGAUCACAGCCAAGACUAUCACUGCAUCAAGAGAAAAGUUGAGGAUGACUGUCACACAGAUCACUCCUACAAAAAAGCCUACAUGGAGAGUUCAUCUAGUGAAGAUGACCAUUACUACCGUCCUGUUAGCUAUUCUCAAACGCUGGGCCUUUCCACUGCCCCUUAUCGGACCGAGUCUGGACAGCGGCAGGCGUGCAUGUAUGCCAGUGCUUCACAAGCUAGCGAGGCUGUUCCAAGCUUGGAAGACAUCAGUUGCAACACGUGGGCUGGUGUCUCCCCUUAUAGCAGUUGUUCUAUGCAACCUAUGGAGCGGUUGCCCUACCAGCACUUCUCCGCCCACUUCACCUCCAGCCCUCUAGUGUCCAGGUUGAGUGGAGUGGCCGGCCACGCUUCACCACAACUGGGUGAUGCCCACGCUAUGUACCAGAGCUCGAUGCCCCACCAGACUCUUGGCCGUCAGUGUAGCCCUGGAGCAGGAAUCCAGUCACCCAGCGCUAACCUGCAGGGGAAUGAGUACUUGUACACUCACGGUAUUCCUCGCACCCUAUCGCCCCACCAGUAUCAUGCUGUGCACAGUGUAAGCAUCAUGCCUGAAUGGAAUGAGAGCAGCUAACUGGAUUCUCACACACUACAUGAUAUAUUGGAGUUGCACACACAAAGGCAUUUGUGUAUAUUUAUAUUUUUCAAAGCUCUUCACCACACCAGCAGUCAUGUGAUUUGGUCAUCAGUUUUGGACACAUGCUGUAACUGACUGCUUGGAUAGAUUAUAACUUGGUUCAACUAGCAAUGAAUGUCUGAGUAGUCCAGUGUGAAUGUUGUAGUACAAGGCAGAAAAAAGAUUUAUUCAUACUAUGGGAUGUUUUUUUACCAUGUUUUGUAAAUCGUGUAUUGUAUUCUGUAAAUCAGAGACGAAGAUUUGCCACAUAUUUACGGUUCAUUUUUAAUCAGAGGACGCACUUGGGACUGGCCUGAUUUUCUAUACUUUUUAAAAACAAAAUGGAAAUAGAAAAGAACAUUUUUAUAGUAUUAUUCAUCUUGAUGUUUGUGUUCUAUGUUGUUUUAUUACUCUGAAAUCCAAGAGCAGUCCUUAAGAUGUAGUGUUACCAGUUAGUCCAUAUUUAACCAGUUCUACUAUAAGUCUCAAAAGCUCAUUCUUGUCAAAUUCACAGAUUCUGUUUGGAAAACUGAUAUUUAGUGGAUGCAAAUAAAUGCACUAAAUUCUGAUUCUAGGGUUUAUAUGGUCAAGUAGCUGUGGCAACAAAUAAAUAAUAUCAAGGGUACAUCUGCUAGGCAUAGAGAUAUGUCAUGUUCCACAGACCAUACCUUGUGAUCUCAAUUUAAUGGAUUAGAUCAUUACUUUUUGGAAGCACUACUAUAGCCAAUGCUAGCUGUCAUGGACCAGAUGGUCCCUUUUAAAAAAUGUGCUGGCAUAAUUUUGAAAUGGCCCACCAUUCAAUAGUUGGAGCUACAUACACCCAACAGCGAAGAAGAUACAUAUGUCAAAUUGACAUUUCCAGUAUCAGCUUCACAUUAUUACAACAACAACAACAACAACAACAACAACAACAACAACAACAACAACAACAAAAAUAUAACCAUCAGUUAAAGGUGAAUGUUUAUAGGGAAUAAUGUUGUACAGUCACUACAUUUCUUCCUGUUAAUAGUAUUUAUUUUUUGUUAUUGUGAAGCCUAUCAUGUGUUUUAUCUGCAAUAUGUGUUUGUUUGUCUUUUCUAGUAUGUAAGUUUAACUUAGAUUCAUUUCUUUUCUUUAGGAAAAAAAAACAGACUGUUUUAUAAAUUCUGACACCUGUUGGUUGGUGACAGAAGGACAGUUUUCUGAAACAAUAUAAAAAGAACUUGUAAAUAAAAAUACAAAUGUACAUAGAAAACAGAAUGGAAAUAAAUCUAA